GCAAGUAAGAGGCCCUUAAGUUAGUGGUUCCCAAACUUUGCUGUACAUCAGGGAGCCACCCGGAAAACUUUAAAAAAUUCUGAUGCCCAGUUUGCUCCCCAUACCAAUGAACCCAGAACAUCUGGGGCUAGGAGCCAGGAAUCAGUAUUGUCUAAAGAUUCCCUAGGUGAUUCCAAGGUCCAUCAAAGUUUGGGAACCACUGCCUUAAGUUUAAGCUUCGUUAGCUUCAGGAGAGUCUGCCUCUGGGUAGGGCGCACAGCUCCCAUUCAUUUAUUCGGCUGACAUUUGUGGAGCAAUGGACAUAUGUCAAACAGAGUAUCCCCAGUGCUUAGCACUGGGCCUGUCAGCACCCAUAUAAUUGACCAGCCAGAUUAAUAGGGUUUCUGGCUGAAAGGAGCAUUCCUUUGUACUUUAGAGUAGAAACUAAACCUUCCCUCACCAGAAUUUCCAUCUUUUUGGGGAUGCUGUGUAUGCUACUCCUGGUGUUGACUCCUUAACUGAUCACACUGUCAAAGAACUCUUGUACUCUGUUAGGAGUGGAAAAAAAGUUUUAUUGAGGAACAAUGUAGUUCAUGCUGGGUAGUGCUAAGUAAAAAUUCAAAGCACUGUGCUGUUCAAGAGGAGAGAAAACCAAAACCAAACCCAUUGCCGUUGAGUCGAUUCUGACUUAUAGCGACCGUAUAGGACAGAGUAGAACUGCCCCAUAGAGUUUCCAAGGAGCACCUGGUGGAUUCGAACUGCCAACCUUUUGAUUAGCAGCUGUAGCUCUUAACCACUGUGCCACCAGAGUUUGGAAAGGUAGGGUGUUAAUGAUUGAUUAUAGAUACGAUCAGCAUCAGCUUGAAGUCCUUUGAAAUGUAAAGGUCGGCCACUUAGCUAGGACUGAGAAGGUUACCAGCUAGGUGAGUGGCACCAGCCCAUCCUGUUAUACAUGACUGCAGUCAUGAACAGAUUUUCCUGGGAUCAAAUUAUUUACAUCUUGACAUAUUCUUGCCGUGAAGAAAUGGUUUACAUCCUGACCUUUUACUUCCCAGGAAUGUAUGUUGACCCUGUCAUUCUUAUUAUACCUGAGAUGAGUGCCUCCAGUUUGAAACUUUUCCAUUUACGGCACAGCUCUAGCAUUGGGGCUGAUUUUUUUUAGUGCCCUAAUUUGUGUAAAAAUGAACUUGGCUGUGAAGAAUGCUAUUGUGUUUAUGGUAUCUAUUCUGAUAGUAAUUUUAUAGUCCAUUUUAUAGGCUAAAUGUUUCAGUUGAUUCCCUUCUCCCAUGCCUUCUUAAGUAUUAAUGUCUACACAAUUGAUCUGGUUACCCGUUACCCAUGAAGUCAGUCCAAAUUGGCUGUUAUAGUGCCUGAAAAUACAACAUUGGUAAUUUUAAAACUUAGAGGUUCCUGUCCUUUACAAAGGGACUAAAUCGCAGUAGGCAAUCUCCAAGUGAAAAGAUUAUGAAACUGUUACAUCAAAGAAAACAUUGCUGAGCCCCUAAUGUGUUCCUUUAUAACUUCUGUAAUAUACUUUCAAUUGUCAUACUUUCUACAGCUAUCCUGGCCCAUUCAUGGGAAAGAAUAUACAUAUGCACGUCUCUAUAUCUGUAGGCACUAUAGUGAAAAACAGCUUAUUUGCCUAGCCGGCUUAGCUGCGUAGCAACUUACCCACCCAUUUUCAAACUCCCUAGAGGAAAUGAGGCAAAAAAAUCAAGUAGAAGUAAUAAAGGCAAUGAUCUUUUACAAAAAGAUUAUUUAAGAAGUUCUCAGUGACACCAUUCAUCUUCUGGAAGGGAGAUCACUCCAUUCACUACUGGUCCUGUGUCAUCUGCAGUAGCUUUGGUCUCAUUGGAGUAGAAAAAGAAAGCCCUUUUCUGUGUUGUUCCUGCUGUACCCUCAGCAUUCCUCUUGCUGAUGACACGGUUCCUGUUUGAAUCUGUUUACAAGAUUCUGAAAACUGAACAAAGAAUUUUGGCACUGCAUUGGGUCGGAAAAAGCAUUGCAAGAAAUAAAUAAUAUCAAGGACAACAGAAGCAGACAGAUUGGAGUGGGAGUCACAGCAGGCAUACCUCAGAGAUAUUGCAUGUUCAGCUCCAGACCACCGCAAUAAAGCAAAUAUCACAAUAAAGUUUUAAUGAUUCUCUUCUAAGAACCUUUUUGGUGAUUAAAUGUUCAGAGCAAGACCUUCUGUCAGUCAACAGACAUUUUGUUCCUGGCUCACAGAGGGAAAACACUAUACAAUGAAAAGAGGGGAUAUGCCAUUCAGGAUGUCUUCCAAGCGGCCAGCCUCUCCGUAUGGGGAAGCAGAUGGAGAGGUAGCCAUGGUGACAAGCAGACAGAAAGUGGAAGAAGAGGAGAGUGACGGGCUCCCAGCCUUUCACCUUCCCUUGCAUGUGAGUUUUCCCAACAAGCCUCACUCUGAGGAAUUUCAGCCAGUUUCUCUGCUGACGCAAGAGUCUUGUGGCCAUAGGACUCCCACUUCUCAGCACAAUACAAUGGAAGUUGAUGGCAAUAAAGUUAUGUCUUCAUUUGCCCCACACAACUCAUCUACCUCACCUCAGAAGGCAGAAGAAGGUGGGCGACAGAGUGGCGAGUCCUUAUCUAGUACAGCCCUGGGAACUCCUGAACGGCGCAAGGGCAGCUUAGCUGAUGUCGUUGACACCUUGAAGCAGAGAAAAAUGGAAGAGCUCAUCAAAAAUGAGCCAGAAGAAACCCCCAGUAUUGAAAAGCUACUCUCAAAGGACUGGAAAGACAAGCUUCUUGCAAUGGGAUCAGGGAAUUUUGGCGAAAUAAAAGGGACUCCCGAGAGCCUAGCUGAGAAAGAGAGGCAGCUCAUGGGUAUGAUCAAUCAACUGACCAGUCUACGAGAGCAGCUACUGGCUGCCCAUGAUGAGCAGAAGAAAUUGGCUGCCUCUCAGAUUGAGAAGCAGCGCCAGCAAAUGGAGCUGGCCAAACAGCAGCAAGAACAGAUUGCAAGACAACAGCAGCAGCUUCUGCAGCAACAACACAAAAUCAAUUUGCUUCAGCAACAGAUCCAGGUUCAAGGUCAGCUGCCGCCAUUAAUGAUUCCCGUAUUCCCUCCUGACCAACGGACACUGGCUGCAGCUGCCCAGCAAGGAUUCCUCCUUCCUCCAGGCUUCAGCUAUAAGGCUGGAUGUAGUGACCCUUACCCUGUUCAGCUGAUCCCAACUACCAUGGCAGCUGCUGCCGCAGCAACACCAGGCUUAGGCCCACUCCAACUGCAGCAGUUAUAUGCUGCCCAGCUAGCUGCAAUGCAGGUUUCUCCGGGAGGAAAGCUUCCAGGCAUACCCCAAGGCAACCUUGGUGCUGCUGUAUCCCCUACCAGCAUUCACACAGACAAGAGCACAAACAGCCCACCACCCAAAAGCAAGGAUGAAGUGGCACAGCCACUGAACCUAUCAGCUAAACCCAAGACCUCUGAUGGCAAAUCACCCACAUCACCCACCUCUCCCCAUUUGCCAGCUCUGAGAAUAAACAGUGGGGCAGGCCCCCUCAAAGGCUCUGUCCCAGCAGCAUUAGCUAGUCCUUCAUCCAGAGUUAGCACAAUAGGUUAUUUAAAUGACCAUGAUGCUGUCACCAAGGCAAUCCAAGAAGCUCGGCAAAUGAAGGAACAGCUUCGGCGGGAGCAGCAGGUCCUUGAUGGGAAGGUGGCUGUUGUGAAUAGUCUAGGUCUCAAUAACUGCCGGACAGAAAAGGAAAAAACAACACUGGAGAGUCUGACUCAGCAAUUGGCGGUUAAACAGAAUGAAGAAGGAAAAUUUAGCCAUGCCAUGAUGGAUUUCAAUAUGAGUGGAGAUUCUGAUGGAAGUGCCGGAGUCUCAGAAUCAAGAAUUUAUAGAGAAUCCAGGGGACGUGGUAGCAAUGAACCCCACAUAAAGCGUCCAAUGAAUGCUUUCAUGGUGUGGGCUAAAGAUGAACGGAGGAAAAUCCUGCAGGCCUUUCCUGACAUGCAUAACUCCAACAUCAGCAAGAUAUUGGGAUCUCGCUGGAAAGCUAUGACAAACCUAGAGAAACAGCCAUAUUAUGAGGAGCAAGCUCGUCUCAGCAAACAGCACCUGGAGAAGUAUCCUGACUACAAGUAUAAGCCCAGGCCAAAGCGCACGUGCCUCGUGGAUGGCAAAAAGCUGCGCAUUGGUGAAUACAAGGCAAUCAUGCGGAACAGGAGACAGGAGAUGCGGCAAUACUUCAAUGUUGGGCAACAAGCACAGAUCCCCAUUGCCACUGCUGGUGUUGUGUACCCUGGAGCCAUUGCCAUGGCCGGAAUGCCCUCCCCUCACCUGCCCUCAGAGCACUCAAGCGUGUCUAGCAGCCCUGAGCCGGGGAUGCCUGUUAUCCAGAGCACUUACGGAGUGAAGGGAGAGGAGCCACAUAUCAAAGAAGAGAUACAGGCUGAGGACAUCAAUGGAGAAAUUUACGAUGAGUACGAUGAGGAAGAGGAUGAUCCGGAUGUAGAUUAUGGAAGUGACAGUGAAAACCAUAUUGCAGGACAAGCCAACUGAUAAGGGUCAAAAGAUUGUUGUGACCUUAGGACUUAAAGAAGCCCUAGCUGGUUCAUCCUUACCAGUGGCCAAGCACAUUAACUUUCUCAUACACUGACUGUUACUUUAACUGUUAGUCUUAACUAGUUGGGACAUCAGCUGACUAAUAGACCUCAGCCUCAAAAGGCUUGGAAAGAAAAAAAAAAAAAUACAGCAAACAAACAACAAUAUCAACAACAAGAGAUUGAAAUAAGCUAUGGGUAAAAUAAUGCCAGUAAUUCAGCUGCUACAUCCAAGCACUGAAGUCUUACCCGUCAACUUCUUUUUUUUUUUUUUUUUUAAAUAAACUUUAUGGCUGUUUGUUCUACAAUGUUCUAGAAAUUCUCACUCAGGUACACAGUGCCAACAAGUGGCUUGUGAAUGUGUUUUGUUGUUUUGUGCUACAAUUUUUAAAAAGAAAUAAGUUUUGUUUUGGGGGG